AUGUUUCACUGCUCCAUUGUUUAUGCUUCAAAUGAUGCAAAAGAAAGAGAAGUUGUAUGGGAAGAGUUGGAGAACAUUGCAAGUGGUAGUAAGUUACCAUGGAUGGUGGUAGGUGAUUAUAGCUGUGCGCUUAACCCAUAUGAGAGAGUUGGGUGUAUAGUCAGGCAACAAGAGACAAUGAGUCUUCAGAGAUGUGUGCAAAGAUGUGGUUUACAGGAUAUGGCUAGCACAGGGAACAAAUACACAUGGAAUAACAAGCAGUUUGGUGAGAGUAGAGUGUUUUGCAAGCUUGAUAGAGCUAUGAUUAAUCAGGAGUGGUUAAAUUGCUUCCCCACAGCCAUGACUGAUUUCCUCCCUGAAGGAAAAUUUGACCAUAGUCCUAUAGUCAUUAUGGUGUAUCCUAGUCUUGUGAUUAGGAAUCAUCCUUUCAAGUAUUUUAAGAUGUGGAGCACAACACCUAACUUUAUAGAACUGCUGAGAGACGACUGGGGUAUAACAGUUCAAGGAACAUUCCUGUUUAAAGUGGUUCAAAAAUUGAAGAACACAAAGAAAGCUUUGAAGAAGAAGCUUAAUGCUGAAGGCUAUUUAGAGAUUCAGAGCAAGGAUAUUCAAGCCUAUCAUAAAAUGAUCACAUAUCAAGAAUAG